GUGUUACACCGGUAGUUGCCGUGAACACGUGGGAUUUGACAUUUGAAUUUUAUUGUAGCUUCUGCUACUAUUCGUCAACAAAAAAACUAUUAAGUUAUAAUUACUAAACAAAACUGUAAAAUUGACGUAAAUAUAAAACUAUACAAACUAAAAGACUAAAAAUGUCAAUGCUCGCUGCACCUAGACAAAAACAAAAAUGGACCUUGAAUCCACAAGGCAAACAGUGGAGCAAAGACUCAAGCAAACUUGGGCAAAGAAUGUUAGAAAAAAUGGGUUGGUCAAGCGGUAAGGGUCUUGGAGCCCACGAACAGGGAAUGACCGAACACAUUAGGGUUAAAGUUAAAAAUGACCAAGUUGGUCUUGGACACGAAAAAAACAAAGAUGACCAAUGGACAGUUCAUCAAGACUCUUUCAAUGACUUACUAGCCAAUUUACAAAAAGAACAAGGUUCAACAGAAAUUUCUGAUCAAGUUUUGAGUGGCACAUCUUUAGAGGAAAAGUCUAAAUCAAGUUCUAAAAGAGUGCAUUACAAAAAAUUUACUAAAGGUAAAGAUGUUAAUAAAUACAGUGCAAAAGAUUUAGCAAAUAUAUUUGGCAAAAAAGAGUUAAAUGAAAUCCAAAAGGAAUCAAAAGCAGAAGAAAAUGAUUCAGUCUAUGAUCCUAUAGGAGCAAAAGACACAACAGCUGGUAUUAUUACUAUCAAAGGUGGCGAUAUGUCAUCUUAUUUUCAACAAAAACUGAACCCAAUGUUAAACAAAAUUAAUGCUCAGCCUGAAGACUCUGAAAGUGAAACUGAAAUGAGAGCAGGAUUUGGUAGUACUCCAAAGAAUAAACAUAACUUUGAAUAUGAUUCUGUAAAAGUAAAAAAAGAAUCCAGCUGUGAAAAGUACAUAGGAUUUGGUUUUGUUCAAAGUAGUAACAACAAAAUAAGUACCAAAAAAGUUAAUAGUAAAGGCCCAGAAAUUUCCAAUAGUUCUUUAGUGAAAACAGACUCUGAAACCAUUAAGGACACAAAAUCAACAGAAACAAUUAUGUCACGAAAGCGUAAAAGUGAAGUUGAAAGUGAAAGUGCAAAGAAAAAAAUUCAUAAAAAAAAAAAAAGUAAAAAAAUAAGAGAAUUAUAAAAUUGUGACUUACAAAAACCUAUAUUUUAAGAACGAUUAUUCCAAUAUCAAUGAAGUAAAAAAAACUUAUGAAAAAUUGUUGCAAUUAUUAUUUCAUCGAUACGUAUUAGAUAGAUUGGUACACGCUAACAUUUUAAAAAUUCAUUAAAAUCUGUUUUAAUUAUAGCAGUUGUGAAUUUUAAAAUAUGUUCUAUUGUCGACGAAUACAUCUGAAAUAUUUUUUGUUUUGAAAAAAAAUUGCAUUUAAUAUUGUCAAUCAAUUCUGUUGAGAU